CCCGUCUUAAAGCUGCUUUAAGGAACAAAUGAGAUAUAUAUGUAAAGUAUUUAGGACAGCACUUGGCAUAUACUGAAACACAGUUAAUUGUUGGGUAUUAUCUAUUAUUCAUACUGGGCAAACUGGCUUAAGCUAAUUUUGACAGCCUUUGCUUUGUAAUUCUUCUGUAGUUCUUCAACACGUAUAUUUUCUUACUAUUACGUCCUAUUUCGUCCACCCCCUUGCCUUCGGCGCAGUAUUUAGGAUAUCAUCACUGCUGUCUGAUGUUCUGGAAGCUUUCCCUGUCCUUGUUCCUGGUGGCCGUGCUGGUGAAGGUGGUGGAUGCCCGGAAGAACCGGCCCGCGGGGGCCAUCCCCUCGCCUUACAAGGACGGCAGCAGCAACAACUCGGAGAGAUGGCAGCAUCAAAUCAAGGAAGUGUUGGCUUCCAGCCAGGAGGCCCUGGUGGUCACCGAGCGCAAGUACCUUAAGAGUGACUGGUGCAAGACGCAGCCGCUGCGGCAGACGGUGAGCGAGGAGGGCUGCCGCAGCCGUACGGUCCUCAACCGCUUCUGCUACGGCCAGUGCAACUCCUUCUACAUCCCGCGACACGUGAAGAAGGAGGAGGAGUCCUUCCAGUCGUGCGCCUUCUGCAAGCCCCAGCGUGUCACCUCGGUCCUCGUGGAGCUCGAAUGCCCUGGGCUGGACCCUCCCUUCCGACUCAAAAAAAUCCAGAAGGUGAAGCAGUGCCGGUGCAUGUCCGUGAACCUUAGCGACUCAGACAAACAGUGAGCUCCCGGGGCAGGAUGCAGCCCCGCGCCGCGCGACCU